GAACACACUUUUGAUCAAUUGAAUUGACCUCUUCAUACGGAAUCCGUCCCGUUUAACACCAUCGCUAAGACUACCGUUGCCUGUUAUCCUCGCCUUCCACCAUUUACUCGUGCGUGCGACAGACAGGCCUCGCCCGAAUCUGGGGAUACCGAGACAUUCAGAAUCAUCCCGAAAGCAUCGCCAAGGAGCAUAUCGCGUCCAUUGCAACAAGCAAAGCAUAGAAAUUUCGGGCUAUCAAGUACUUCAGCGCCCUGUCGAUUUCGUCGACAAACCGUCGAGUCUCCUCGUCUGAAGCCCCGGCCCUGGCUGGGCUACGGCUGGGGUUGUUUAGGCACUCGGCACAUCCACCUGACGUGCGAUAAACGUCGUCCUGUAUAUCACCAUGGUCGCUUCGAGAGCAAACGCGAAUUUGGAUCGCACCCCAACACAGCACCAACCUGCCCAGCAAGAGACGCAGUCCACCCAGCAAGCCACUCAACAAGCCACCCAGCAGGCCACACAACAAGACGAGCCAGAGCUCGACGAAGUCGAAGUCGCCGAUGUUGUUUGUAUUCUACAUCCAUGCUCGCUUGCCGCCUAUCAAGUCGUCGUCAAUACUGCUCUGAGAUCUCCACAACACGUCCUACAAAAUGUCACACAAAGCACCUAUAGCGAUGGCUUGAGCAUCGCAGAUCUUGAAAAGGAGGAGACAUUUCCUGCGCCGCCCGGGGACGACCAGAGACAUCCUCUGGACCUUGCUCUUCGUAUGUCUGCCAAAGUACACAAUCCCGCCAUGGGCUUCGUCUUUGGUCGCAAUGAGAAUGCCUGCGACGUCGUCAUCGACACAGACACGGUCAAAAGAGUCAGCAAUAUGCACUUCAGGAUUUACAUGACCGAUGCAGGCGUCUGCAUGCUCCAUGACAUGUCCACUAAUGGCACGAUAGUCGAUGGUAAGCUUCUCAGAGGAAGAAAUAACAACGCCGCUACCAUGAUGCUCACCGCUGGUUCGGUCAUUCAAAUCUUGUCGACUAAGAGAGACGAGACUUUGAAGUUCAUCUUCCGUAUUCCCUCGAGGGACAACCACUACGAAGAAUAUGGCAAGAGGUUUGCUGCCUAUCUAGACCAUGUCAAUCUCGCAAGAGAGAAACAAGCACAGAAUGGUGGGACUCAGGCUGUGCGGCCUGGCACAAAUGGUCAGCCAAAGCUUUCAUCCAGUGCUAAGCCUAUGCUGAUGCAAGGCAACCCCUUCGGUAUGCAUUGGAAUGGUGGUGAGAAGUACAACGUCACUGGUCAUCUCGGAAAGGGCGCUUUCGCAACUGUAUACCGGCUAAAUAGCAAGAGCAACGGUCAAAUGUUCGCCGCAAAAGAGCUGGAGAAGAGGAGAUUCAUGAAAAACGGCGUCAUCGACAAGAAGCUGGACAAUGAAUUGCGUAUCAUGAAAGGCAUUAGCCAUCCGCAUAUCGUGCAGUACAUGGACUGUCACGAUGUCAAGAACCAUUUAUAUAUCAUCAUGGAGCUGGUACCCUUCGGCGAUCUCCAACAAUGGCUUGGAACGAACGGUCCUCUACCAGAAGCCCUCGCUAAACCGGUGGCAAUUCAAGUCUUCAAUGCACUGGCAUACCUGCAUCGAAACAUGAUCACUCACAGGGACAUAAAGCCUGACAAUAUCCUCAUCGCCGACACCAAUCCUCAAUCAUUUACAGUCAAGCUCUCUGAUUUUGGACUCUCCAAAGUCAUUUCCGACAACGAGACUUUUCUCAAAACUUUUUGUGGCACAUUACUUUACUGUGCACCAGAAGUCUUCCCACAUUAUGAUGCGCACUUCAACGGCAAAGGACGCAAGCGAGAUCGAAAAGGUGCUUCGCAACAACGAGGCAAGUACCAUUCAUACAGCUCAUCUGUCGACAUAUGGUCGUUUGGAGGAGUACUCUGGUAUGCUAUGAGCACGAAGCCGCCUUUUGAAGGUAUCGCGGACAAUACUGGUAAAGCGAUGUUCGAACGCAUCGUCAGCACUAGUUUGGACACCACCGUCCUCGAGAAGCAUCACGUCUCUGAUGAUGCUAUCGAUUUGCUUGAAGAUAUGCUCAACACUGAUCCUGCCAUCAGGCCUUCGGCACUGCAGUGUCUAUCAUACCCUUGGCUCGGUGGAGAAGCGAGUCAGAUUGAUCACGAACCUCCGUCAGCAGGACUCUUGACAAUCGAAGAAGAAGAGGACGCAGAGGCAGGCGCUGCUCACGACUUGUCUCAAUUGAGUCUUCAUGGGAAGUGGAAUACGACAACAGCUAUCGGUACUCAUUCUGGAGAUUCUGAUACUAUGGACCCUCGACAGUCAAAACGAUUCAAGAGCGGACAGAUUGCGUCUCAGUUACCUGCACUCUCGCAACAUCCAGUUCACGCAGAAAAAGACACGGAUUCUCGGAGACCAGCGAUCAAUUCACAACCUCCUCGCCUUUUUGGUGAAGUUCAGGCAUCUUUCGUGAGGAGCUCAGGCGUCUUUGGUACUCAGCACCAGCAGCCCGUGUUCGCCCCACCGCCACCAGAUUAUGCGGAUCAGCAUGCAUCAGAGGACCAUCAUGCCCAGAAUGAUUUGUUUACGUCUGCCGCCAGUCACCAACUAGAGGAUCAAUUGCAGAAUGUCAGGAGGAGAGCUCAUUCUGAACAAGGACCGCGCGGGUCCAAUUUAGCGAGUCUCGUAGGAGCCGAAUCAGAUAUGCGUGAUCUUAAUAUGGAUUCCUCACAGUCUGCGUUCUCGGCAACCGCUGACGAAAGUGAGCCCACCACUCCUACCACGCCCAACGAUCCACCCCAAGCGUCUGUAGGACAGACCGGAGGGAGCAUGGAAGAAACGCCUCGCCCACCUCAACCGACUCAGAGGAAGCUCUCAUUCAAUCGUCAGAUUAGCCUCCCGCUUUCUGCAUCGUCGUUCUACGAUCCGGCUGACCCUAGCACCCAUUCUCUCGAAUAUGCAUCCUCUGUUAGCGGUCACGACUUCAUGAAUCACAGUCUUCUACCCGGAGCGAGCUUCCACUCACUACCACCGACAACAGUCAACUCUGGCGUCGACUUUGACUUUGACAGACCCUUGCAUGCGGUUGCACAAACGCAGCCCGAGUUUAUCCGUCCAGCACCUCGUCUAGGUCGUCUUUCUUCAAGCAUAGACUCAUUCUGUACUGUGACGCUUGACUUGGCCCUUCGCAUCACGACCUGGGGACGAAGCCCGACAAACACUGUCACUUUCCCAGAUCCUUUAGAUACUCGCAUACCCAAACGUGGGUUGAUGAUAUACUUCCACGCCAGGGGUAUCGACAAGGUGGAAAGAUCUGGAGCAGAUUGGACCAAGCUGCCCGAUUUGCACUGUUUGAUCGCGACAGACAGCAGCAAUGGAAUUUUCAUCAAUGGUGUCAAAUUGAAUGCCAAAGACGGAAAGGGCAAACAACUUUACGGCAGAGUCUAUACUGGCGACGAAGUUACGGUCUGCCAGGGACAUACAAAAGCGAGUUUGCUCAAGUUUAUAUGCGCAUUCAAUCAUGGGGAGGCGAAGGAGCGACGAUCGGAUGAUGGACCAGGUUUCGAGACCGAGAAGAUGGGAUAUGAAUAGAGGAGGACGACAAGCUAUGUAUAUUUUAUGAUGGGGGGCCAAAGGUAUUGGAGGGGGGGGGGGGGGGG